AUGUUAAAGAGGACGUUGGGAUACAUCUGGAAAACAGAGAAUAGUAAGAUAUCAAGCACUAUGCCUGAUUAUGAAAAGUGGUCAAAGAAUCAGUUGAUUGAAAAAAUACGAGAGCUAGAGCUGGAUGUAGAAACUAAAGAAGGAACGACUGAUGUCCUUGAAGAACCAUUGAAGAAGAAGGCAAAAACCAAAUCAUUCGACUUUUCAAAACAUAAUAAAAGGUUUAUAGCAUUACGAUUCGCUUAUCUUGGUUGGAAUUAUAAUGGGUUGAGUUUCCAAUAUGAACCAACUCCGUUACCGACGGUUGAGGAUGAGAUUUUAAGAGCAAUGGAGAAAGCUAGGCUUAUUCCCAAAGCUGAGCCAGGAUCGUGUAAGUUCAGUCGUUGUGGAAGAACUGACAAAGGUGUGAGUGCGAUGAACCAAGUUAUUUCACUAGAGGUAAGAUCGAAUUUGACUACGAGUGAACAGAAUGAAAGGAGUAACGAUCUGAAAGAGCUUCCAUAUAUUUCAGUUUUGAAUUCACUUUUGCCUAGUGAUAUAAGGAUCACAGGUAUUUGUCUAAGGCCACCAGAAGGAUUUGAUGCUAGGUUCAGCUGUACCUUUAGGCAUUAUCGUUAUUUCUUCAAGAAGGAUAAUUUAGACAUUGACUUGAUGAAGGAAGCGUCAAAGAAGUAUGAGGGGGUUCAUGAUUUUCGUAAUUUUUGUAAACUAGACGGAUCGAAGCAGAUUACAAAUUAUAAGAGAGAGGUACUUGCGUCUAAUAUCUUACCAUUUAAUGAUGAAUUUUAUAUGUUUGAUUUAAGAGGAACUGCCUUCUUAUGGCAUCAAGUUCGCUGUAUGGUUGCAAUCUUGUUUAUGGUUGGUCAAAAAUUAGAGAAGCCACUUAUUAUUGAUGAAUUAUUAGAUCCUGAGUUAUACCCUAGAAAGCCAAACUAUGACAUGGCAAAUGAUAUUCCACUAGUAUUAUACGACUGUAAAUAUCCCCCAAUGGAGUGGUUAACGAUACAGAACGAUUUUGCCCAGAAGUCUAAAUUACUCACACAUUAUUCUAAUUUCAAGCAGUUGGCUAUUGACUAUAAAUUAAAAUCGAACAUUGUUGGAAUUAUGGAAGACAUGUUUAUAAAGGAUGUCGAGUUGAAGCUGACGCCUGGUUCAGGUGCAAUUAACAUAGGUGAUGGAAAAGGUAGAAAUUUCAGAAAAUAUGUCCCAAUGGCUAAAAGAGAAAUGGGCGACUCUUUUGAAGAAGUUAAUGCGAGAUAUAGAGAAAAGAAAGCCAAAUCGUCGAAGGCUCCAAAUUCUUCAACUUGA